GGCCCCACAGGCUUAUGGGAAAUGUAGUCUCAAAGACCUGAUGGCCCACUCCUCGAAGGACCCUGGGACAGCAAGCAGUCCCUACAUCUGCGCAUGUGCACGGCUGCGAGCGCGCCGGUGGCCGCCCUUCCCCCACCGCUACCCGUGAGUGGGUCACUGGGCCCCGGUUUUCGGGCUUCUUCGCUGUCCCGCGCUGCGACAGUGCCUGACACUGAGGCACGAAUAGAGACUGCCCUUCUAGGUCUGCUUUCAUAUCUGUGCCUUUACCCAGCAGCUGCAGAAAAUGAACAAAUACCAGGGGUCAGUCUCAUUCACGGAUGUGACUGUGGACUUCACCCAGGAGGAGUGGGAGCAGUUGGACCCCUCGCAGAGGAUCCUGUACAUGGACGUGAUGCUGGAGAACUACAGCAACUUACUGUCAGUGGAGGUGUGGAAGGCUGAUGACCAGAUGGAGAGGGAGCAUGGCGACCCCGAGGAGCAGGCUCGGCCGUUUAUAGUCUUUAAGAGCCAAACCACCAUGGAGGAAAGAAGUGAUCUCUUUGGAAAACCGUUCCAUCUAAACACAGACUUUGUUUCUUUGAGACAAGUACCGUAUAAAUUUGAUUUAUAUGAAAAAACUUUGAAAUAUAGCUCAGACCUACUUAGUAGUAACAGCUAUAUAAGAAAGCAAGCUGAUGAGUAUGAUGGGUUUGGAAAAGCACUUCUCUACCUAAAGCAAGAGAAAACCCAUCCUGGGAUGGAGUACGUUGGCUAUAACAAGAGUGGGAAAGCCUUUGGCCAUAAAGACACCAUUUUUAAACAUCAGAAAAUUAGAAAUUUGGUACAGCCUUUCAUUUGUAACUACUGUGACAAGACUUUCUCCUUCAAGUCACUCCUUGUUAGUCAUAAGAGAAUACACACUGGAGAAAAACCUUAUGAAUGUAAUGUGUGUAAGAAAACCUUCUCCCACAAGGCAAACCUCAUCAAGCAUCAGAGAAUUCAUACCGGGGAGAAACCCUUUGAAUGCCUUGAAUGUGGGAAAGCUUUCACCCACCAGUCCAACCUCAUCGUGCACCAGAGAGCACACAUGGAGAAGAAGCCGUAUGAAUGCGGUGAGUGCGGCAAGACGUUUGCCCAGAAGUUUGAACUUACCACACACCAGAGAAUUCAUACAGGGGAACGACCUUACGAGUGUAAUGAAUGUGCAAAAAGCUUCUUCAAGAAAUCAAACCUCAUCAUACAUCAGAAAAUUCACACAGGGGAGAAACGGUACGAGUGCAGUGAAUGUGGGAAGUCCUUUAUCCAGAACUCACAGCUCAUUAUCCACAUGAGAACUCACACCGGGGAGAAGCCCUACGAGUGCACGGAAUGCGGCAAAACAUUCAGCCAGCGGUCGACUCUUAGACUACACUUGCGAAUCCACACGGGAGAGAAACCAUAUGCGUGUUCUCAGUGUGGGAAGGCCUUCAGCAGGAAGUCCCGACUCAGUGUCCACCUUAGAGUUCACAUAGGUGACAAACCCUGAGACCACAGCCAGGUUGGCCUGUGUGGAACCCUCCCUGUCGGGGAGAGACCUCCUAAGGUACUGCCGAGCAUGGAAUUCAUACUGAUACAAUCUACAGACUCGAAAACAUGUAAAACAUAGGGUCCCCUAAGAAUAAUAAUGGAUAUACUGAGCGUUAGGUGUGAUACUCAACUAAAGAAUACAUAUCAGAACAUAUUCAAGUGUAAAUAGACAUAAUUAACGGUAUUACAUUGAGCUUUUUAAAUCUGAAAUCAAUUAUUCAAGAAUGAAAUAUUGUGGGAAGUAGCAGGAAAGGUCUACAGACAGUACCUAGGAAUUCAGUGGUUGUGUGUGUUAUUAUACCACAAAAAAAACCCACACACAAAAAUACACUUUAGAUCUACACAUGUAAAUUUAACAAAGUCCCUGGAAGUUUGAAAUUCUUGUCCUCUGCAAUAAUUAGGACACAUCAAACAAGAUUGUCCAUAUUAAAUGUCACAUGUGUGUUUUCAGCAUCUUUGCAACUCAGUACACAUUCCAAAGGAAAUACGGGACGGAUUUUAAAGUAGCAUGUAGCAUGUUGUCUCCCACUGCCUGCCUGCGUGUGUGAGUUGGUGUGAUCAUUGUUACUGAGCAGCCUCCUGGUGAACAGAAGGCAGUGUUGAAGUUUUAACCUGCUUCUGGACUUGCUGAAGACUUUCUAGGCGCGUUAUAUAUGCAAACAUGAGGUAAUUAGGAAGGCGGUGUGGAGACUACGGGAAGGCAGCCGUGGGCUGUGCUUCUCAGUGUGCACCAGAGAACAGAAAGGGGCUGGAGAGCAGAGCCCCGUCCGUCGUGCUGUUCAUUGGGGUGUUUACACACAAAUGCGUGCCGUUACCAAAAUGGUGUAUAAUCCAGAAACCACCUGUGUUUCCCUAGUUUCUCUUACUAUUUUAUGAAUUAUCUUGUAAAAAAUGGUAGGAUGUAUACAUAGUGCUCAAAUGUUAGUUACCUUUCAGAGACUUUAAGGGAAAAAUAAUUUAUUUUAAGACACUCACGUCUCAUUGCUUUUUAAAGUUUCCGUGUGCAUAGCCCACCGUGGAAACAGUUUUUGCAGUCAUCCGAGUAGGGGGGCAUUUCUACUUCUUGAGCUUCACUGUCAUCAACCUAAAGCAUUUGCCUUCGGAAUCUGACUUGCUGUAAGUCAUGCCUUUACUUUAAGAGUUCGCAAACACUUCUAUAAAUUAGACCUGUUCAGUGGUCUCCCCAUAUAUGUUUAACUACAAAAAUUUAUCUUUCUUUGUGUAACUGAAAGAUACACCAUUUGAGGCUUGGUUUUAGAUUCACAAUUUCUUUAUUUUCCUGUCAAUGACAAAUCAUGCCUUAGAAUUGUAAGUGUAGAUACAUUUACAAUUGUAAAUGUAUAUAGAAAAGGCUAUAACUGGCUUUUUAAAACUAGUUUUUGAAGAUCAGACAGGCUGUAACUACAUAUGAAUGUGACUUUCUGAACAAAUGUACUAGAACAUCCGUAGUCCAGUAAGUGUUUAAGUUGUCCCAUUUUAUCUGCCGACAGUGAGGAAGCAGGGGGCAGAUGGGUGUCACUCUGGUAGAACGCACGUUGUGACGGGCCCCUUGGAAAUCACUGUGACUGCCUUUUCACAUUAAGAAUCGGCAUAGUCUUCAACCCAGCAGUGUCAUUUUGGGAAACCUAUCCCUAAGGGGAAAAAGUGCCAGUACUUAAGGUUAUGUGUGUCAAUGUAUAUUGUAUUUUUGGGUAAGGGCAAAGGGAAACAGUGUAAAUGACCAUCGUUAGGGGUAGGGGAGCGAUGAAACUGCGGUACCGACAGACCAUGGCUGAUGGUGUUUCAGAGUAACAGUGUGGAGGAGCAACACCUCCAGGUCGGAUAAUGAAAAAGAAAGAAUAUAUACCAAACUUUGUAAAAUAAAGACCUAAGAACCGUGUGUGUGCGUGUGUAUGACUUUAGGAGC